UAGCAGAGCAUAAUCGUCUUGGUAAUUAAAACUAAAAAAUCAACAUUUUCCUAAAAUUUUGGUUUGUUUUUUAGCAUUCAGUAUGGAUAGAAAGCAAUUUCGACAAUCGUACCAACGGAAUUACCAUUUAGAGCGCCGCACUUCGAAUCAACUCGGCGAUGAAAUGCAUUCCGUGGAUGGAUUGGAGGAUCAGCUGAUGGAUGAUGCGGAUUUCUCAUGGCCUCUCGCGGACGUGGCGGGCAUCGCUGAUCAUCGUGAUGCACCUCCGACGUCAAGCAUAGAUUUAGAUGUAGAAAGAUCAAGUGAUGGUGAUUUGGUGCAUGAUAAUAGUUUGAUUAACGAUGGUUUGGUGCAUGAUAAUAGUUUGAUUAACGAUGGUUUGGUGCGUGAUAAUAGUUUGAUUAACGAUGGUUUGGUGCAUGAUAAUAGUUUGAUUAACAAUGGUUUGGUGCAUGAUAAUAGUUUGAUUAACGAUGGUUUGGUGCAUGAUGGUAUUUUAAGCGACAAUAAUUCUAGUGAAGUAGAUAUCAACGUAGACUGUAGUGUUGAACAAGGUGUAGAGUACGAGUAUGAAGUGCAAUAUGAGGAAUACCUAGACGAAAAUGAUGAGGGAAUAUAUGAAACAUGGCCAAAAAAUUACAGUUUUCUUAAGGGAAAAGGUUUUGAACAUUCAUUAAAAUUCUUUUUUAGUAUUUCUCGCCUUUCCCGAGACCAUUCAAAUUUACUUUUAGCCAUUCUAAGAAAUUUUUUUAAACCAGAUUUGCCCAAAGAUACAAGAACAUUCCAUAAAACCGCUAGUGGGGUUGGAUCAGAAUUAGCUAGAAUCAGUGGUGGCAGUAUGUGGUAUCAGGGUGUAGAAACAGUUUUGCGUCAAUAUUUUGGGGAUACUAUUCCCGAUGUUUCUACUUUUACAAUUCAGGUUUCAAUAGACGGUCUCCCUCUUUUCAAUAGUUCGCCUGUUCAGUUUUGGCCAAUUUUAAUUAAGGUACAAGAGCUACCCAAUGCACCGAUCAUGCCUAUCGGUAUUUACAUGGGUCAAAAAAAACCGGAGGAAGUGGAACAAUAUUUGCGUCCCUUUGUCGACGAAAUGAAUCCACUAAUGGAUAAUGGUUUGGAAUUUGGGGAUAAAUAUGUCGAUGUGGCGAUAAGUGCUUUUAUAGCGGAUUCUCCGGCACGGUCAUUUAUUAAAUCCGUAAAGGGGUUCCAAUCUAAACACGGAUGCACCGGCUGCCAUGUGAUAGGAGACUAUUUAAAAAGCCACAAAAAAGUUGUCUUUGAUUCUGUGGAUGCUGAACCACGUACAGAUGCAGGGUUCAGAGCCAGAUUAGAUGCAGACCACCAUAAAGAGGUAAGAUCACCACUGGAAGACUUGAAAAAUGUUGAUAUGAUAAACAGUUUUCCAGUGAGUGAUCGUCUGCAUCUAAUUGAUCGUGGGGUGACUAGAAAAAUUUUGAAAGGUCUUUUAGAAAAUGACUUUGACCGUUUUGGCCAUUGGUCAUCUUGGCAGAGGCAGAACAUUUCAAAAUUUAUGGUUCGCACUAAACUGCCGAGUGAAGUCAACCGACCUUUCCGCGGCGUCGACCUGCUCCCUUUCUGGAAGGCGACUGAGUUCCGCUCUUUUCUCCAUUACAUUAGUAUUAUUAUUUAUAGGGACUUCAUGUAUAUCGAGGCAUUUAAUCAUUACUUACUUUAUUUUAGUAGUAUUACAAUAUUCUCUUCAACAUUUCAUAGACCGAACUGGGUGCUAGCGGGAAGGCUUCUUAAACUAUUUGUAAAAACAUUUAAAGUUCAUUACGGUCGAUCUAAUUUAGUUAGUAAUGUACAUAAUCUGCAUAAUGUGUACAGAGAUGUUUUAAAUCAUGGUGCGCUGGAUGAUUUUUCUGCAUAUUGUUUUGAAAAUCAUUUAAAUUUUCUCAAGCGUUGUGUGAGGUCAGGGAACAGAUGUUUGGAGCAAGUGGUAAGCAGAUCACGUGAUUUUGCUUCCAUAAAUAAUGCUGCGUCCAAACUUCAUUGUUCUGUAACGUAUCCAAAAUUAACACCAACGGGGAUCGGGAUUCAGUUAACAGCCGAUUUUUUGUUAAUGCCAAACAUGAAGGAUCAAUGGUUCAUGACCCGAUCCUUCGGCAUAGUUAAGUUUAUAAAACCCCAUAAAACUCCUACGGGUUCGUUCAGUUUGGUAGGUAAACUUUUUAAUCAUGUGGAAGAGUUAUUUACAAUAGACACAGAAGAUGAUAUUGGGCCACUUCACCUUUCCUCAAGUAGCUUGCACAUGUAUAAAGUAAAUGUAGAUACCCCUGUAAGAAUAAUCAAGAUUCCUUUAACAGCUGUCUUAUGUAAAUUAGUUUGUGUACCUUUACCGCAUCGUUCCCUGUCGCGUUAUAAAUUUGAUUCCAACCAUCCUUCUGAAACCCUCGCCUUUUUUCCUUUGCUGCAUACCUUUGCUUCGUAACAAACACUGCAUGACUAUAGCACUUUCGAUUUUAUUAACAUAUUAUAUUUUUUUCAUACAUAAAUCAACAAACAUAAUACCGCAUGAUACAUAUAGUUACCCUCAACCCAUAGAAAAAGUAGCAUAGUUAAUAAGUAUGUUUAGCGAAUAGAUGACUGAUAGACAAAAAUGAUGAUGAUGAUUUUUUAAUUUGAUGAUGGAUAUAAAUGUUAAUAAAUACUAACGGAUGUGAAUAGUGUUGAGACUCGCGCGCGCAAUCGUUCGGAAUAUUAAAUUGAAAUACGUUACUUUCUCAACACUAUUCACGGGAAUGUGGUGG